AGCCACUUCUGAGGAGACCUGGGAGGAGGAUGGCCCCCGCGGAAGCUCUGAUUCUAGGGGCCCUGGCUCUGGCCUCCACCCCGAGCCCCUGUGGAGGUGGAGACAUCAGGGCUGACCACGUGGGCACUUAUGGCACAAAUGUUUACCAGACGUAUGGCGCCUCUGGCCAGUUCACAUAUGAAUUUGACGGAGAUGAGCUAUUCUACGUGGACCUGAAAACAAGGGAAACUGUGUGGCGGCUGCCUGAGUUUAGCAAUUUCACCAAGUUUGAAACUCAGAAUGCCCUGCAAAACAUUGUUGUGGCAAAAAGAAAUUUGGACACCUUGAUAAAAGAUUCCAACUUCACACCUGCCACCAAUGGUGAGUGUCCCCAGUUCUGUCUCUCUUUUUCCCUGGAAGAGCUACUCUUCCCAGCAUACCAUAAAUUCUUCCCCUUUCUAUUUCAUUUCCUACCAGAUACCCUGUCCCCAUCAUAUCCAUUUACNNGACACCCCGUUGCCGAAGGCGUUGCUGAGACACCCUUCUACCCCAAGAGUGACCACUCUUUCCUCAAGCUCAGUUACCUCACUUUCCUUCCCUCGGCUGAGGAUUUCUACGACUGCAGGGUGGCGCACUGGGGCCUGGAAGAGCCGCUCCUCAGGCACUGGGAGCCUGAGAUUCCAGCCCCCAUGUCAGAGCUGACAGAGACUGUGGUCUGUGCCCUGGGGCUGGCCGUGGGCCUCGUGGGCAUUGUGGCGGGCUCCGUGCUAACCAUCCGCCGGCUGCACGCAGGGGCUGCCUCCAGGAGCUGGAGGAACACAUGA